AUGCGACGUAAUGUUCUAAAGACUUGUCAUAUAGAGGAAUAUACCUGUAUACAGACAGCUUCCCUGUUGGCGGCAACCGCCCAGGCUGCAGAAGUUUCCGAACUCAAUCGGAAGCUUCAGGUGGCCGAUGAGGAAAUAGACCGCAUUAAUGAGCGGUUCGAUGAAACGCAAGCCAGCGCGACCGAGGUCGAGACCCUUAAAGGCGCCCUCGCACAGGCCAAGAAAGAGGCGGAGGCGAAUAAGGCAGCCGCCGAUAAAGCGGCUUCUAAACUAGAGGCCGAGCAGGUUGCCCGCCGCCGGCAUGAAGCUCGGGUGGCUGAAGUUGAGCAAGAGCUGAAGGAUGCCAUCUGUAAGUGCGAGACUUUGGAGCAGAAGACUUCGGCCCAGUCCUCUCAGCUUGCCAAGGCUCUCCCUGAUGCCAAAGAGGCGUGGAGCGAGUCCCGGCGCGCUCGCGAAGAGAUCCAGCAAGCGAGGCAGAUAGCGGCUCCGUGCAAUGGCGAUGAGCCAUUGCUUGAAGCGUUCUUCUUCGAGGGGUUCCUCUGGGAUGAUGAAAUCUUCAUUACCGAGGCUAACAUCCUCUUCGGAGGCCGGUAA